UCAUGCUGCUGCCAGGUCCAGAGUCUGUCAUGGGUCCCUGUACGGCCUCCCAUUGCUGCUGUCUCCAUCGCCACACUCUGCCAUGUGCCACUUUCAGGUCUCCUCACACACUGCUGGUGUGUAGAAUUUUUUGACAUAGGGUGCUGGCAGAUUACGGGCCUCCCAUAGCUGCUGCCAGGCCCCUAAUCUGCCAUGGGCCCCUAUAUACCGCCUCCUCAUGCUGCUGCCAGGUCCAGAGUCUGUCAUGGGUCCCUGUACGGCCUCCCAUUGCUGCUGUCUCCAUCGCCACACUCUGCCAUGUGCCACUUUCAGGUCUCCUCACACACUGCUGGUGUGUAGAAUUUUUUGAC